AAAAUGAAGCAUCAAAAUAAUAAUUUUGACCAUAUUAUUCAUUUAAACGUUAUUUGCGAUGUUUGUGACCAGAUGAUUCGUGGACGUCGCUACAAAUGCUUAAUCUGUCCAGAUUUUGAUUUGUGUCAAUCUUGUGAACAAAAGAAUGAACACUUUGAACAUGCUAUGAUGCGAUUGGUCAAACCGGAUACUUUGAAGCCGCAAGGGGUGCCGUUUCUUCCUGUUUUUGAUUCUGUUGGGAAACUUGUUUCUGAUCUGAGUGAAAAACUGACUACCGAAAUAAAAGUUCUGUCUACUCCACCGUCUAAUGAGAAAGUUCUCGGUUAUGAUUUUGAUGCUAAUAAGGAUGGGGCUAAUAAGGAAUUGACUGAAGUAGAAAAGUUUGAGAUUAUGGAUGGACUUGAUUUUUUGUCACUAGAACAACGUGAAGGGUAUGAAAUUUCACUUAUUAUUGCUGCUUGGAAGGAGGACGGUGACGCAACUCCAGCUAAACUUGAUUUGACUAAUUUAAAGCCAGUUGUUUUGCGUGAAAUUCUUGCGUACAUUCGUCAUUGUUUGCCUUAUCAAAGAGGGGCUCAUUCUUGUCGUCAUCGCUCUGUUGGUGGAUCAAAUUGUCAUCGUCACUCUCUAGGCAAACAUUCGCAUCGUCAUCAGUCUCAAAAUCCAGUUUUGGCACCUAUGGAAGCAAAUGUUGACCAUCGUCCACAUCAUCACCAUUCAUGUCAUCGACGCCAUUACAGACGCAAUCUGCCUCCAGUCAUUGACAAUGUUGUGAAUGUUUCUCCAAAAUUCUCAACAAACACAACAACUUCUGUAGCUAGUAGUGGAACUUCAAAUCAACCAAAUUCUAAUGUUUUGGCUGAUUUUGGUAAUGCUGGGUUUCGUGUUGAUCGACGUCAUAAGAAAUUAAUUGACAAGAUGAAUAAAAAGUGUAGCAAAUUACAGGCUGAGGAACAACGUCUUCGUGACCGCGCCUUUCGUGCUCUUCAUCGUUCCAAAUGUGUUAAUUCUGUGGCUUAUCCUUGUGAAAAUAAUGUUAAACAAUCAAAGGAAAGCAACGUGAAUGCACCACAGAAUAAUGGAGUCGGUAAUAAUAAUAAUGAGCAGCAACGCCAGCCAUUUGAUGAUGACCGUGUUGAGUAUUUGAAGCAAAUUGGUGAAACUGUUCAACGAGCUCUUCUUAAUUUUGGAAUUGAUUGUGAGGCAGAUGUUCAAGAUGGUCAGGGUAAUAUUCGAGCACAUUUGGCUUUUCCAACACAGCAAACUGCUCCAGUCUCAACUGCUCCAGUUAAUAAUAACGUUCAAAAUGUUUUGAAUCCUGAAGUUCAUCAAACACCUGCUGGGGUUGUUGAGCGUCAACAAUUGCUUACCAAGAAACAAGAAGAAAUUAAAAAGCAGCCAGUUAAACCUGCUAACAAGGAAAUGGAUCUUAAGAAUGUGGGAGUGAAAAAUAUGGCAAAACCAGCAGCAUCAAUUAAAGCAGAAAAUAAUUUCCAGACAUUGAUUGCUUUAGCUCAAGAUACAAUUAAAGGUGUUUCGAAUGUUAAUAUUGCUGAACUUCAAAAUGAAAAUGGGAAAAAAUUGUCUGAAGCUUUUAAAGAUAUGACUUUACUUAUGACUGAAAAGUUUUUGGCUAAUGGUGCUGCCAAGUCAUUGCCAAAAUCAUUUCAAGAUUAUCUUGAGACUCUUGAUUUUUCAAAUAUUUAUGGUAACAACAACAAUAAUCUAUCUGGACAACAACCUGUUUCUGGUGUUGCUGUUGAUAGAAUUGAGAAUCAAGUUAAAACUCCAGCUGAACUUCAAAACGAAAACAGCAAAAAAUUAGCUGAAGCUCGCAAGGAUUUGUUUGCAGGGAUGGCAGAACAUUUAAAGGCGAAUGGUGCCAAGUCAAUGCCAAAAUCAUUUCAAGAUUAUCUGGAAACUAUUAAUUUUCCAAAUGUUAAUGGGAACAAUAAACAACCUGAACAACGACAAAAACAAAAGGCUGUCAAUUCGGAGGCACCCAAAAUUGAAAAUGUCAACAAAAAUAAUGCUGGGGAUCAAAUGUCAUCAUUACAAGAAGGGACGUCUUCUACAUCAAAAUUAAUUCGAAAUCUGAGUCAACUUAAUUUGAACGAUGUGAAUCAAGACAAAAAUGAAGAAAUUAAAGAGAACAAGAAAGAAGAGAUGAAUUUGGAAGAGAAGAAGAAUGAAGAAGAAAAGGAGGAGGAAAGUGAAGAGUUAAUAUGUAUAGAUACUCUUUCUCAACCUGGAAGUGAAAUUCUUUCUGUCUCUUCUUCGGAAUCAGAUGUUGAAAUUAUUGAAGCUGCAAAUGUUUUGUCAGAAGGAGAUAAGACUGUUAAUACUUCAAGUAAUGUGGAAAAAUUGGAAGAUGGGAAGGAAGAAGGCGAGAAAAAAGAUGAUGGAGAAGAGGAUAAGGCUUUGGAACCUGAGCCUUCUCUACCACCAAGUCUUGGUAAUACUAAUGGAAGUUUAAAACGUCGAAUGGAUGUUAUGAAUGCAAGUUUACAUACAGCUACAGCUCGUGAAGAAUUUGGUGCGGAUGAUUGUAAUGAUUCCAAUUUGGCUGAAUGUUUAUCUCGUUGCUGUUCCUUCUCUUCCAUUCAUUCCACGUCUUCAUGUCGUUCUGAUUCAUCUAGUUGGAUUGAGGUUGAACAAGCUUCUUUUAAAUCGAUUUGUGAUAAAUAUGAAAAACGACGCCGUCUUGAUGAAAAUGUUGGUGGGAAUGAAGGCUUGUUUUAGGGAUUUUUAUGUUUUGUUCGCAAUGGGGGGUCUUAAGUUAUCUGAAAUCUGAACAUUUUUUCGGCUAGAAACAAAAAACGAUCUGGCUAAACUGUUUGAUUUGAAGUCCGAGCUGAAGCAAGGACUUUCUUCGGCCUGAAAAAACUCGCCGAAGCCCUUUAUGACUUUUUUCUCAACUCGUGACCAUCCCUGUUUCGCAAAAGGUUUUUUCUUACAA